AUGGAUGAGCUGGCUCGCGCGGCGCAGCUCGGAAGCAGAUACGUAAUGGAGCACCUAUGCUGGCAAAUACUGAUCCCAGUAAUGGUGCAGAUGUCAUUCCGCCAGGUUCUGGAACUGUCCUACGGAGCAGGAGGCGUAUACCCAACACUCGUUGGCUAUGCCCUCGGUGCCAUUUCCGUGCUGUUCUUCGUCCGCGGUGCCUUCUGGACAGCGCGUCUUGUUCCUGCUAUCAUCUGCCUCAUGGUUCUUUUGCGCACUCUUCACGACCUUGACCGCAAGUCCCUCGAGUGGCUGCUCAUGGUGGCAGCAGCAACCGGAGUUUGCUGUACGUACGUGCAGCUUGCGUCGUUGGAUCUCGUUCGCGAACACUUCGCGUUCAAGGAGACGUCCAAGACCAAGGAUCAGAAGAAGAAACACGACUAA